AUGGGUCAAUCAUUUUAUGAAAAGGAACAAAAGAAAAUUAAAUCAACUAUCAAAUUGCCUUUGUUAGAAUUGGUAUUGAAAUUCUUACCACAUUUACAACCAACAAUACAAGAGAAAGAUGAUAUGUGGGAAAUAGUCGCCAUUGAAUUAACCAAUUUACAAUAUUCAAAAAUCUUAUCUUCGUCCUCGUCAUCAGCAGCAACAGUAACAACUGCAGGAACAAUGGCAUCGGGUGGACUGAAAAAUGAAAAGUCGUAUUCAAUACUACAGCGUACAAAACUACUUGCGGGCCAAAAACCAUCGAGUAAAGUAGUAGAAGAACUUGAAUCUAUGCCUGAAUUAAAUGGGAUUUAUGUACGUGAUUAUUAUGAAGAAUUAUUUAACAAGUUUAAAUCUGAUUUUCAAUUCUCGAUUGCCAUGAAUCGGCCAGAUGUACUAGAUGGAUCUAGGUCAGGUAAUCCUAUGAUGGCAAACAUUAUUAAAGAUAGAAGUGAUGCCUUGUUAUAUGAAUUAUAUCGUUUGGAAUUUAAAGAUAUUGAAUUGAUUUCCAAGUUGAGUCAAGAACAUUUAGAAAAUAAGUUACGUAAACAAUUGAACAAACUAUAUAAAAUACCAAACCAUGACGACAAGCAGCAAGAGGGCGAUGAGGAUGACGAGGAAGGCAGAAAUGGGGAAUAUGAUGCCAUAUUUGAUUCACAAGAAUUACUAGAAAAAUACAAGACUAGUCUGUAUAAUAAUAAGAAUCAAAUGCUACACGAUGAAAUUACUAAAAAAGACAAAAAGUUGGAACAGUUAAAGGUUGAGAAUCAACGAUUAUUAGAAUUGAAUCAUGAGUUAUUGGAGCAAAUGAAUGGAGGGAAUAGGAACAGUAUUGGACAACUUUAG